AUGGAAGAUAACCAAGCAUAUAAGCAUUAUGAAAUACUUAUGGAUAAGUACAAAGGAUACAUUGAGACUGUGGAUGCAAUAUAUAGAUUGGAUUCGGAUAAAAUAAACUCAACAGCAGAAUUAUACAAGGAGAUCAAGGAUAACUUGAUUGAUGCAGGAUAUUUUACAGCACAAAAGAUGAUGGAUACAUUAAACUCUAUUGGUCAAGACAGAUUACGUUAUCAUCAUGCAUACGUAGAUCUGAUGAAUAGAAUUUAUCAAGAAUAUCAUUGUGAUAUCAAUCCUGAUAACUUAACUCUUUCAAAUUAUGACACUUCUAUCACAAACACAUAUCUUGAUGCAAUAUUGAAGGAUGAUGAAGAAUCUCUAAGUGAAUUCUUGAAACAUGAGAGCCUUAAUCUCAGUGAUUUACUUAAAACAUGUUGUUUUCAUGGAGCAUUUAACUGUUUCAAUUUAUUAAGAACAGAAUUCAAAGUUGAAAUCACAAAAGAAUGUCUUGAUGCUUCAUUUCGUGGAGACAAUCAAUAUAUCAUAAAUGAAUGUUUGAAAGAACAAAAACCUGAUUCAUUAACAUAUAAUGCUGCAAUUGCAUCUCAUAAUACUGAAAAUAUUCUUAAAUUGAUAGAUGAAUUCAACACAUCUUUAUAUAUAGGCAGUAAUAAUUUUCACAAUCUUCAUUCAUUUCUUAUUUAUUUGAAUCGAACUAAUGAUUUCAACACAUGUUUUGUAUUUUCUCCGUAUUAUAGAAUUCCGUCUCUAUGUGAAUAUUUGCAUUUAAAUGGUGUAGAUAUUAAUUCAAAGUGGAGUAAUUAUACAGCCCUUCACUUAGCUGUUUAUGCAGAAGAAACAUCUAUUGUAAAAUAUUUGAUUUUGAAUGGGAUUAAAAUUGAUGAAUCAUGUCCAGACUUUGGAACUCCUCUUUUUAUAGCACUAGCGCUUAAUUUGACAGAUAUCGUGGAGUUACUUGUUUCAAAUGGAGCCAAUAUCAAAGAUGAAAUUAAUAAAAUACCAUCACUUCUUUAUGGAAUUAAAUAUAAUAAUGAGAAAGUUGUUGAUAUUUUAAUUUCACACGGUGCCGAUCCGAAUGAAAAAAUUGAUGGUAAGAUCCUUCUUGAGUAUAUAUUUUCAUUAAAUCUUAAAGAUAUGGCACAACUUUUUAUUUCACGUGGUGCAUACGUCAAUAAGACAGAUAUUUAUGGAAAUAAUUUAAUUAUCUAUACACUGCAGCAUGGUUAUAAAGAUCUGAUUGAACUCCUGAUUUCAAAAGGUGCAAAUGUCAAUGCGAAAAAUAUCAAUGGAAAUACACCUCUGCAUAUAGCAGCAUUUUUGUCUAACACAGAAUAUGCAGAAAUAUUAAUUUCACAUGGUGCCGAAAUCAAUUCAUUGAAUAAAUAUGGUCAAACUCCUCUUGAUAUCGCCGUCAUGCGCUCGAAUAUAGGACAUUGGGGUUUUCUCAAACUUUACCAAAAAAUAUUGAAUUUUCUACAAAAAAAUAAGCAACAUUCUCUUGAUACUAUGACGGGAAAAAACAAAAUGGAGUCUCUUUUAAGAUUUCAUGGUGGGAAAAUUAAUUUUAACCGAAAACUCAAUUGUUUUUUCAUAUACAAUGAUUCAAUUAACAAGUAUCUCUACCCGAAAUUGCUAUUCAUAAAAGUAAUUCAGUGUUUGUUAGAGUUUGUUCUUUCGUAUCUAAUUUUGAGUUAUUUAAAUAUACAGAGUAUUCAUAUUUAUGUCUUGUUACAUGAAAUAUUAUCUUUGUUUUCCUAUUCGUUUAUAAUCGAAUUUAUUAUAGACCUUUUUUAG